CACACCUUCCAUCUCAUCCUUUGACAUCCUUGGGCGAACAGUGAAUUCCUCCGUGUGGGGGUACUUCACCACCUUCCCCUCAGCAGGCUUGCCAACGUGGUCACUUGUAGCUUGUCAGCAACAGACAUUGGAGAGAUUGCCAUUUCCGUGUCAGUCUUUGCUAGUUUAGGCCUUAGCGUAGGUUGAAUAAGACUACGUGAACUACAAAAUCCCAUAUAUCAUUGCCCAUCUCGUCUCAUCAAACCCAGUCCUCUUUUUCUUGUUCUUUGAAACACUGCGUAUACCAAACUGUCAACAUCAACCACUAUCAAGAUGGGGGACACUCUUGACAAACCAGACUUCCGACCCAUCCUUAACCCAACCAAGCAACGCCCGCUUGGGACUCCUCCGCACAAGGAGACCAUCAUCAAAGAUGCUUUCAGACUUCGCACUCUGAUGGCCAUGGGCGCGCUCGCUCAGAUCGUCCUCUUCGCCAUCCUGCCUUACCGUUAUGCCGUCGUCCCCGCCUUGAUCCUCACUCUUCACUCGAUUGGUGCGACCAUCGGCCAAAUGUUCUUGUGCAAGACCAAUGAAAAUCCAUACAUGACCGGUGUCACUCAAGGUUUCACCAGCAGCCAGCCUCCCUCAUGGCAAACCGGUCGCUACCCUAAUGCGCCGUGCUCCAGCUCCAUCGUCGUCUUCCACCUCGGCGUCUCCUACAACCACCCGCUAGGCCCCGCCUGCCCCGGCGCCUACGAACUCUACACCCACUUCAUGAACAUGAGCAAGGCCAUAAACGAGAAAAAGGAGGAGUACGGCCUCCUGGGCAUGUCCAGUUGGAAGCAGACCAAGCGCGCCACCCACAACGCCGCCAUGACGGUGUUUUACUUUCGCGACAUCGAGGGAUUGCACAAGUUUGCGCACGACAAGGAACACCGCGACGGAUGGGACUUUUUGCACGCGUUCCGCAAGAAGGGAUACAACCACAUUACGGCGCUGCACGAGACCUUUGAGGUGCCUGCUGGCGCGUGGGAGUCGAUCUACCUGGAUUCGCCACCUAUCCUUAUGGGAGAUACGACUAUCAGGGUGACGGAGAAGGAUGGGAGCGCAACUUGGUAUCAUAGUCUUGUCGAUGCAUCGGUAAGGCCAUUGACGGGAAUGAUGAACAGGAUGGCGAGGGGUAAGGCGACUGCGAGGGAGGGUUAUGCUUAGUAGAGUUGGGUUGCGGGUUGAUAGGUGGAAGAGUUGAGACGGCGGUAAAACAGGGAGAAGAAUUGGAUAGAACAUAAAGUCCGAUAGGUAGAUAUAAACCUUCACCAACUAGCCCCAUUUCAUGCCG